AUGAGGAAGACUGAAGGUGAAGGUGGCGAAAAAGAACUGCAGGAUUGCCGAGUAAGAAGGCAAGAAGAGAUGGUUAUAAACAACUACCUGGACGGGACGCAAGGAGGGGUCAUGGACAAGGCAUCCCCGAGUGGCAUGCAUUUCAGGGAUAGCAAGAGAAAGGUCGACUACGUGUUAGCCUACCACUACCGAAAACACCUCACUCGGCACCCGCCUGGUGCAGGCUCACCGGAGCCAAUGCGCAGAUUUGCCUCCUUGGCCCUGGUUUUGAAUGGAGGGACCGGGAAGGGCCGUGCUGAGCCACAGCAGCAGGAUGGUGGCCAGCAUGCCCCCCAGGAGUGUCCGGGGCCACCAGGGGCGGAGGUGAUCGAGCUCGGCCCACUGGACACCCUGGAGGAGGAGAAGCGGCUGCAGCGGGAGGAAUACGAACGUAACCUGGUGGAAGCGGGGCUGGAGAUAGAGAAAGACCCUGAGAAUAAGAGCCAAGGAUUGAGUUUUGUCCGUAUACAUGCACCGUGGCAAGUACUUAGUCGAGAAGCAGAACUCCUUAAAAUAAAAAUGCCCACUAAAAAGAUGUAUGAAAUCACAGAAGAAGGGGGAAUACUCAAAACAUUAAAUGAAAUAUGGUGCAAAUUGACUGAACCUCUGCAACCCCAGGUGCCACAACAAGAAAAUACCAACAUGAAAAGCCUGUCUUACCCAUUUUCCAGAGAGAAAAUAUAUUUGUAUAACAUUAAAGACAAAGACACCUUUUUUGACAAUGCUACCCGCAGCCGAAUAGUACGUGAAAUUUUGAAGCGCACACCUACAAAGGCCAGAAACAGCAUGGGUAUUGGCACAUUAAUAGCAAACAAUGUUUAUGAUGCAGCAUACCCACUUCAUGAUGGUGAAUAUGAAGGCCAAAAUGAUGACAUGAAUGAAAGAAAGUUGCUGUAUCAAGAAUGGGCAAGAUACGGAGUAUUUUACAAGUUUCAGCCUAUUGACCUCAUAAGAAAGUAUUUUGGAGAAAAGAUAGGACUUUAUUUUGCGUGGCUGGGUUUAUAUACAGAAUUCCUCAUUCCAUCUUCAGUAGUUGGGAUUAUUGUAUUUCUUUAUGGAUGUAUAACGAUUGAGAGUGACAUUCCUAGUAAAGAAAUGUGCGAUCAACGCAAUGCCUUCACCAUGUGCCCCCUGUGUGACAAGUUCUGUGAUUACUGGAACCUCAGCUCUGCAUGUGCUACCGCUCGAGCUAGCCACUUAUUUGACAACCCCGCCACAGUCUUAUUCUCCAUCUUUAUGGCUCUCUGGGCUACUAUGUUCCUUGAACAAUGGAAACGUUUGCAGAUGAGACUGAGUUACUUCUGGGAUCUAACUGGACUGGAGGAAGAAGAAGAGCAUCCCAGACCAGAGUAUGAAACCAAACUGCUGCAGAAAAAUGUCUCCAAGGCAAACAGGCAUCAGGAAGAUGAAAAGGAGAAGCUGACAUGGGGUGACCGUAUGCCUGGAUAUGCAGCAAACUUUGGAUUGAUUUUAUUUAUGAUUAUGCUGACGUUUUCAGCAGUGUUUGGUGUGAUUGUAUACCGGAUCACAACAGCAGCAGCUUUGUCAUUCAGCACAAACGAGACAACCAGGUCAAAUGUUCGAGUGACUGUGACCGCAACUGCUGUCAUCAUUAACCUCGUGGUGAUACUUAUACUUGAUGAAAUUUAUGGAGCUGUUGCCAAAUGGCUGACAGAAAUUGAGGUACCAAAAACAGAGAAAACCUUUGAGGAGAGACUGAUUUUGAAGGCAUUCCUACUGAAGUUUGUGAAUUCUUAUGCACCAAUUUUUUAUGUUGCCUUUUUUAAAGGAAGAUUUGUUGGCCGUCCUGGUCAUUAUGUAUAUGUAUUUGGUGGUUAUCGAAUGGAAGAGUGUGCUCCAGGAGGCUGUUUGAUGGAACUCUGUAUUCAGCUGAGCAUCAUUAUGCUUGGAAAACAACUGAUUCAAAACAAUCUGUUUGAAAUUGGAAUCCCGAAGCUAAAGAAGCUCUUCAGGAAGCUGAAGGAUGAAAGAACUGAGCCAAAGGAAAUGGACACCAACCAAUCAAAGGACCCUCAGCAAUGGGAUCUUGACUACAUCUUGGAACCUUUCACUGGGCUGACUCCAGAAUACAUGGAAAUGAUUAUCCAGUUUGGCUUUGUCACUCUCUUUGUUGCCUCCUUCCCCCUGGCACCCCUCUUUGCUCUUCUGAACAACAUUAUAGAAGUCCGGCUUGAUGCAAAAAAGUUUGUUACUGAACUGAGGAGGCCAGACACAGUAAGAGCAAAAGACAUAGGAAUUUGGUAUAACAUUUUGAGUGGUAUUGGAAAGCUUUCAGUUAUCAUUAAUGCUUUUGUAAUUGCUGUCACAUCUGAUUUCAUUCCACGCCUUAUGUAUCAAUAUGCAUACAGUCAAAAUGGAACCAUGCAUGGCUUCAUCAAUCACACACUCUCAUACUUCAAUGUCAGUCAUCUCAAGGCUGGAACACAGCCAGAAAACUCCCCGUUUGCACAGGAUGUUUUAUUCUGCAGGUUCAAAGACUACAGAGAACCACCUUGGUCCCAAAAUCAGUAUGAGUUUUCUAAACAGUACUGGGCGAUCUUAUCCGCUCGCUUGGCUUUUGUUAUUCUAUUUCAGAACUUGGUGAUGUUCCUCAGUGUUCUGGUUGACUGGAUGAUUCCUGACAUCCCCAAGGACAUCAGUGAACAGAUUAAAAAGGAGAAGAGCGUGCUUGUUGACUUCUUCCUGAAGGAAGAACAUGAAAAACUGAAGCUCAUUGAAAGCUUUAUUGCACGUGACAAGCAGAAACACAAAAGUGGGACCAAAGGCGAAAGGAUCCGGGCUGCCAGCUUCUGUCAGUUUAACCGAAGUCAGAAAGGCAGCUUUGCCUCCUUUAGCUCGCAGCACACAGAAGUGUGA